CCCUCUUCCUUCAAUCCUGUCUCUCCUGAAAACAUUGUAGCCAGGCACAAUCAAAGCAGCAUAUGGAGAGUUUUUAUGGAGCCAUGUCUCUGAAAGGCAGAGGAAGUCACGGGUGGAGUCUGUGAGAAGAUGUUGAAUUUUAUCACUUUUUGGAAUGGCACUGCGAAUGUUCAAGUGCCCCCCUAGUAGUCCCUUGGGUUUAGCUCGCGGGUCCCAGAUUACUCGAGAGUGAUUGACAUAUUGAAAAAAGUWACAUUUUCUGUGUUUAGGCCGUUUUGAUUAGGGACAAUUCGGUAGUGCAAUUAACUAUACCUUCCGCUUGCACUGGAUGCGGGGAACUAAUUAAAAACAUGCGUGGGGAUCGCGUAUAGCGACUUGGAUAUGUUUGGAGUGUAAAAUGUAAUCUUGGAGCCGGGUAUGCGAGAGAAAUCAUGGGACCAUAGCGCUCACCCACUUCCGCGGUGAUUUGAGGACGCAGCCAUCCACUGCUUUCAACUCCGAGAUGGGUUCUUGAACUCUGUCCAGAAGAGGUUGCAGUGCAGAAGACUGCGAGAGAAACUGGUGACCAUGACUACUAUGAAAAAAGUGGACAUUGCCCUGUUCUCUCAGGAGGUGAGAGGGCUAAUGAACUGUCCCUGGAGACUCAACCUCACACACAGAGAACUAUACAGGACAGAGUUGUGGUCAUGCUGUAACGCUUCUGAUAGYCUGAUGGUGACCAGACAGAACACCAAUCAGAACCAGAGUCUGAKUUACGAUGCAGAGAAGUGGAGGAAGAGAAAGGUGGACCAAGCACUAUGGGACAUGCUGCCUCAGACCGUACCCUGGAGUAAAGGUUCGUUGAGUCGUUGUGCCGUGGUGGGAAGUGGAGGAAUCCUGCAGAACAGCAGCUGUGGAGCGGAAAUAGACAAUGCUGACUAUGUCAUCAGGUURAACCUGGCUCCUAUCAACAAGAGUUAUGACGUGGGAGUGAAGACGGACCUCAUAACAGCCAACCCUUCCCAGAUCAAUAAAAGAUACUCUGACCUCCAGCGGAACCCUGGACCCCUGGUGGAAGUCAUGUCAGUCUAUGGCCACGCCCAUCUGCUUCUCCACGCCUUCUCUUUUGGUUUUGGGACCUCCCCCUGCUUCAAGGUGUACCACGCCCUCCYUAAGGCCCGCACCCAACAGAAAGUGGUGUUCUUUCACCCAGACUACCUGCUUAAACUGGACAAGUUCUGGCGUCGCCGCGGGCAACGAGCCCCACGGCUGUCUACUGGUAUGAUGCUGGCCAGCACUGCUCUGGAGAUCUGUGAACAGGUUCAUCUGUARGGCUUCUGGCCCUUCCCUCUGGAUCUAUCCCAAAAUACUUUGCCCCAUCACUACUAUGACAACGUUGGUCCAAGUCACUUCAUGCAUGCCAUGCCUGAAGAGUUCCUGKUGUUACUACAACUCCACAGCCAGGGGGCGCUACAGCUACAUGUUGGACCCUGUACACCCUAACAAGCAGAUGGUCAGGGGGCCAGAACAUAAUUAUAAUAAUUUACACAGUGCAAAUUGACCACAACUAAGCCCAAAAAUAGGUUGUAUUUGAAAAUAACAAUCAUUUCAUACCUUGGUUACACUGAGACAUGAUAACGUCUCUUUUUUAAGCUCCAAAAAAUCUCUCACGGGCCGCCUGUUGCCGACCCCUGCKCUACACUCUAACCCCUUCAACUAUAACCUACAUUUUUCUAUUAUUUGUUUUAUUUAGCCUUAUUUUAAUGGUGAGUUGACUGAGAAUACAUUCUCAUUAACAGCAAUGACCUGUAACCCCUACACCACUAUAACUCCAAAGCCAGGGGGCACUACAGCUACAUGUUGGACCCUGUACACAGGCAUAAGCGACAUAAGCGGCCGCCAGGGGGCCCCCGAAACAGAAAUAAUAACUCAGUUGGGGUCUUAAUGUAUAGUUGAGUUAGAAUAGUAAUUUUUUUUGUUAGGGCUCUAUUCAAUCCAUAUCCCAGAAAUUCAGCAUUACAGCGUGAUUGAAAUUUAAAUGCAAUGUUCCUGCAUUAGCGGAGAUUGCAUUCACGGUAAACACUGCAGAUGUCGUCUCAAUAGGAAAUUAGCCAUACAGAUUCAAUAGAGYCCUUAGUCCAGCCAGUUAUCUAAACUGGUAGUCAUCAUGGCCUAAUACCGAUCGGGCACGUGCCCUAGGGCCCUGACCUCCAAAGGGCCCCCAUUGACCUUGUUUGUCACUCCGAUAUCAUUAACAUGGCAUAAGUCAUUGCAAAAAAUAGUAUUGCAGGAAAUGUGUUUUAAAACUGCAAAAAAAAAAUCUCUGCCCUAUGGCAAAAUGGGUAAAAUUCCAGGACAUUAGCUUUAAAACGGCAAGAACUUAGCUCUGCCCCAUGGCAAAUUUUGUAGAAUUGCAUGAAAUGUGUUUUA